GUUUAAUUUUAGACGCGUCCAGGCUGUACCGGUGCUGGGUUCUCGAGCAGCGGUGGCUUGGUACCUUGAACCGGUGGCGAGUUGUCGAGGGGGGGGGACAUCCUGGCUGCAGAUCUUGGGGACUGACUCUUCCCUCUACCCUUUCCGCUCUCAGUCUGCCCAUACGACGACCAUCUUUUACGAUAAUACACCGACGCCAACGCUGCCACUGCCUGCCGUCAUCCUUCUCUCCCCUUCUCCUCCGCCUACUCUUGUCGGUCUUCACAAGCGAGGAGAAAAGAAGAAGAGAGCCGACAACGCUUCCUCCCCCUCCUGCACCUCUACCCUAGAUUUCCCUUUCGCCUCCCCUCAAACCCAAUUCCCUCCCCCGCUACUCUUCCUCUGAAAUUCCCAUUGCGAGAUUCCUCUUCGAGCAGUUUUUUUUUUUUCCUUUCCUUCCGCUCUUUACCUCUUUCAGUUGCGAAAUUCGCUUUCCGCAGCCAACCUUUUCCUCCAAAUCAUCCGCGAUUCCCCCUUUCUAGAAAGAGAGGGGCCGCUAGGGUUUACUUCGCUGUUCCUCUUCUUCCCUUCCCCAAUUGCGGGACUAGAGAACUUUGCCCUAAGGCUCCGAUUAAUCCAUGAGGCAGGCCAAGGCGAAGACGAGAUGAGUCGGAUUUGAAGGAGGGAACUUUCUCCCGAGGAGGCACACUGGUUUUAGUUUCUUCCGAUUAUGGCGCCUAUUCUUUUUGUCAUCGUUGCAUUCCCAUGCACAGUCGGAGCCAUGGUGCUGGCGAUGCUCCACAUAUACAGGCACCUCUUGAACUACACGGAGCCUACUUACCAGCGCUACAUAGUUCGCAUCAUCUUCAUGGUCCCGGUUUAUGCGUUGAUGUCUUUCCUGUCCCUUGUCCUGAAUAAGAGCUCAAUUUACUUUAAUUCGAUCCGUGAAGUCUAUGAAGCUUGGGUCAUUUAUAAUUUCCUUUCACUCUGCUUGGCAUGGGUGGGAGGUCCAGGUGCUGUAGUGUUGAGCUUAAGUGGCCGAGUUCUGAAGCCAUCAUGGUGCCUGAUGACAUGCUGUUUUCCUGCUAUUCCUCUUGAUGGGCGUUUUAUACGGAGAUGCAAGCAAGGUGGUUUGCAGUUUGUGAUCCUGAAGCCUAUUUUAGUCGUGAUUACCUUCAUACUCUAUGCAAAAGGAAAAUACGAGGAUGGAAAUUUUAGUGUGGAUCAAGCCUAUCUUUAUAUCACAAUUAUGUACACUAUAUCAUAUUCGAUGGCAUUGUAUGCUCUUGCCUUGUUCUAUGUGGCAUGCAGAGAUCUGCUUCGGCCAUUCAACCCGGUCCCAAAGUUUAUCAUAAUCAAAUCUGUUGUUUUCCUCACAUAUUGGCAGGGUGUCUUGGUUUUUCUGGCUGCCAAGUCUGGGUUUAUAGUAAAUGCGGAAAAAGCUGCUGAUUUUCAAAACUUCAUUAUAUGCGUUGAGAUGCUUGCAGCAGCAGUGGGCCACCUAUACGCCUUCCCCUACAAGGAAUAUGCAGGUGCCAAUAUUGGUGGAUCCGGUGGUCUGAGUGGAAGCCUUUCUCAUGCUUUGAAAUUCAACGACUUUUACCAUGACACCGUUCACCAGUUUGCCCCAACCUAUCAUGAUUAUGUGCUCUACAGCAGUAAUGAGGGCGAUGAGGGAGCACGGAAGUAUCGAUCGCGCACCUUCGUGCCAACCGGGCAGGAGAUGGAUGCUGUUAGAAAGAACAAACACAUGUAUGGGGGCAGAUUAGAUGAGAUACAGCUGUCCAGCGUCUCCACAUCUGGCACCAAUAGUCCUGUCAUAUCAAGCACGUCACCAGACCAGACGGACCUGGAAGCAAUCAAAUCUUCAUUGCUCAAGGAGAGUGCUGCUUCUGCAUCACAGCCUUAUGAUCUCUCAGUGUUGAUUGACACAGAUCUUUCUAAUUACCCUGCCAAGGUUCCUGCAGUUGAUGAGACAAACAAAAGAUGAUGUUUAAUGUUGGUUAAUUCUUUAGCAAAACUGAUGCUUUCCGCAAUCAAACAAGGAAGUUGUGUGUUGUGCUCGAGUUGGAGUGAGCUUUUUCAUAUAGCAUGCUGAAACAUGUGAGCGCUGAUUAUUUCAAAUCGAUGUGAGCUCCCGUUAGUAUAUACUUGUGAUAACAUCCAUCAGUUUAUUGCUAGGUUGGGUCGGUGAAAUCUUUUACAGCCGUCUGUCCAAGUGCGACUUGUAUUUGGAUCGUCACUACCAAUGAACAAAUACUUUGA